AUGGGUGGGCGAGGCAGAGGAUGGGAAGGAUCCCAAAAGGACAAGCAGCAUUUCUUCCCGACUUACAGCCGUGUGCCCGCGAAUGCUCCGGUCCCUUCCGUGACUGGUGCCAUACGGCAAGUGGCCUUGCAAGACACUGGGCACUUAGCGACGGACAUGCAAUCUGCACUCGACCAUGCCAGGAAGACAGAAGCCCGUGUACCACGACGUCAUGGUGCUUAUUCGACGGCCCAAGAGCAAUGGGCCCUUUACGAGACCCAGGCGAAAGCCAAUUUUCAGACGGAGUGGAGGCGAUUCUUUGCAGAUCUGGAAAGAAUCGAACAGGAAGCCCUGGCUGGUCCGCAAAAUCGCAUUCAGGGAAGCACAGUCUUCUACCAGUGCGAGGAUGGCAAGACUCUAGAUGGAGUCCUACAGCGUUCUUUGGGUGCCUCGCUGACUCACCAGCCUGCCGAGCAGGUGGUUACAGAGCCGACGGUUGUCAGCGAUCCGGCAGGCCCUCAAAAUGCGGGCCAACGAGACCUGGCAACAUCAAAGAUGCUCGUGCGGAGCCCCUGCCGAACCUGCUCGAGUGACGUUGGAGGAAAAAUUGCAAGCUCGACGACAAGUGUUCUGGCCCUGAAGCCAUUCGGUGGUGCUACCCGACCGCCCGUGCCCGCCGAGCCUCCGGAAACGGGCACGCCUUCUGGUUCCGGACUUGCGGGUGCCACCAUUCAAGACGACGAUCAGGACUUGGACGACGAGAUGGAUUGA